AUGAAUAAUCCCUAUUAUGGUCAAGUUGGGAAAACAAAAGAUACCAGAUCUCUUGGGGAAAUGACUCCUGAAGAACAAGGGGACUACGCUGCUGAACAAAUCAUUGAAAUGACCAAGUCGUGUCCUGGAAAGACCGUGAUGAGUGGGGUGACCGGGUACUUUCUUGGUGGGUUCUUUGGGCUCUUCAUGGCCAGUAUGUCGUAUGAUGUUCCUGGUAUGACCCCUGGGACCAUCCAGGAAUUACCAUUCAAAAAACAAAUGAAGAUUAUGUUCUCGGAUAUGGGGAAGCGGAUGGUGAGCAGUGCCAGGAACUUUGGGUUAAUUGGGGCAAUUUAUUCGGGAACCGAAUGCUCGAUCGAGAGUCUAAGGGCGAAAAAUGAUAUUUGGAACAGUGUAGGAGCAGGGUGUUUAACUGGAGGAGGCCUUGCGGUGAGAGCAGGCCCUCAAGCGGCGGCGGUGGGGUGUGCUGGGUUUGCUGCGUUCAGUACCGCGGUGGAAUUGUAUAUGAGAAGUGAAGAAGGACAACCGCCAAAAAACGAUUACGAUGAAUGA